AUGGUUUUGUUAAAUAUUAAGGUUCCUUAUUGUUUCACAAGAUAUGUAUCUCUGGCCAUCCUUCUCUUCACUCCAUGGAUCUGUACUUCAUUUGGUAAGUCCUGAGUCUCCCUCCACAAUCAGACAGAAAAGUUAAUGAAGACAAUUGCAGAAGCCUUAAGAUCCUUCUCCUAUUCAAGCUGUUAAUCUACUCUUCCUUUGGUUAAUUCCUUCAGUACUUGUACAGCUUUCAAGCCACAGAAACGUUGUAAGUCUGUUUUGUUCUGAAGGGGUAAAUAAUUGACAAUGAUAAAGUUCGUUACUGGUUCCCUGCUGCUUAUUUGCAUGGAAUUGCAAAGCAUGGCUCACUGAUAAAACCCUCUCCGCACUUGAACCCUUCCCAGCAAAGCUGUGCUCUUAAAGAGAUCCUGCAUCCCCUUCCUUGCAUUGUUGGGAACAACUUCUAGAGUGUGCUGUGACACCCCUCUGAACAUCCCUCUGAUUGUGGUCAUUUGUACAAAUUAAAAAGGGAGUUGUGUGUCAGAGCUGCGGGCGUCUCUUCUCACACAGAAGCCACGAGAGUCUCUUUGGUGUUUUUAUUAUCUUUAUUUACAGAUUUACAAGUAGCAAUUAGUAGACGAUACUGUGGGAAUGUUCUGGGGUGCAGGAGAGGAUAUAUUGACUAAUUAUAUCCUUAUCCAACUUGUGCUAACAAGUUCCCAAAAUAUCAGCAGAGUUUAUAAACAUUCCCCUUUAAGUUCGCAACGGUAACGUGUGCACAGGUUCGCUAGAACCUCUAUAAUAAUUACUCUGGUAAUUUCCCCUUUGUUCCCUCUUAAAAUACAAGACAUGACACAGUCUUUAUAAAAGUAUAAAAGAGUUUACUCACGUUCUGUUCACAAUAUGAUCCCAGAAGGCAGACAGCUUAAAAGGUUACAUACAUUCAGAAUCUAUCUUGUAGCAAGAUAGUCCUUAUCUCCUCUCUUGGCUGGGAGCCAAGAGAGCAUCCUUAGAUGUUUCCUUAUCGAAGGAAAAUGGCAGAGAGAGAGAGUGGCUGCCUGCCCUGUGCUUUUGUCAUUACCUGCACAGGCGAGGCCACACCCACCUCUGGUCACAUGCGGAGGAAGUCCGUCCCCAGGAAGUUUACCUGCUUGCUGGACAGACAUCCCUCCCCAUGUUCUAACAUGUACACUCUAGGAAUGUUGUCAUUGACUGCUCCUGUGUUUACAUCCCACAGAUUCACCCAUCAGUGUCACUGAGCUCAGAUUUAAGUUGAGACCUGUGUUUGCCCCUCCAACAGCUCAUAAAAUGGUGAAGUCUCCCGCCCUUGUGCUCAUUCCAACGUUUAAUUACCGUAUUUUUUGCUCUAUACGACUCACUUUUUCCCUCCCAAAAAGUAAAGGGAAAUGUGUGUGUGUCUUAUGGAGCGAAUGCAGGCUGCACAGCUAUCCCAGAAGCCAGAACAGUAAGAGGGAUCGCUGCGCAGCGAUCCCUCUUGCUGUUCUGGCUUCUGAGAUUCAGAAUAUUAUUUUUUAUUAUCUCUUGUCUUCCUCCUCCAAAAACUAGGUGCGUCUUAUGGUCUAGUGCAUCUUAUAGAGCAAAAAAUACGGUACACGCCUCUCUAAGGCAGUCAUAAAUCUUGCACCCCCUUCUUUGUGCUGGGCCUGGGGGUAACCCGAGAACUACAGUUCAGGUGCGGUCCCAAAUCCAAGUGUGCUGGUCCCGGGGGGAAGGUUACCGUUGGCGUAGUCAAAGUCACUGGGUCACUGGUAUGGAAACAGUUCUCAAGGAGCGAGGUGAGGUCCGAAGCAGGAAGCCGGGCGGGGACAGGAACACUGGCGGAACAGGACUGGAUGCUGGCCGAAACAGCUCAUCGACAACGUUGCUCCCGCAACCUGGGACCGGGCUGACUGGCCUUUAUCUUCUCUGAGGCCAGGGGCGGUCCUGGCCCCCAGGAGACCUGCCUCUCCUGGCCUUAAGGCGAGCACUCCUCCUGGGAGAAACCAGUUCCCUUCGCCUCUCUGCCCUGAGCCUCUGCAGUUCAGGAGAGGCUGAAGGGUUACUGGGCCCAGGGGGAGACUCACCUGUAGGCACUGAGUCCUCAACCACCUCCGGAGCCAGAGUGGAUUCACCUGGUGCCUGCUCCUGAGGAUCCGGCACAGGUGCAGGCGCUUCAGAAUCAGUUCAGCUGGCCCUGGAGGCGGGGACUCCUGUGCAGGCGGGGACUCCUCCGGUCCAGCCUCUGAAUCGGAAUCCCAGGCCAUCACACCAAGGAUUCUGUGAGGAGUCAGUCUGACAGGGACAAGGCAGGGGACAAGGCAGGAAACCAGGCAAGGUCAGGCACAGGGUCUCAGGCAGGUUCUGGCAAACAGCAAUAUUGCUCCCGCAACCUGGGGCGUGGUCCGACAGCCUUUUAUCUUUGUCAGGGUAAUGGUUGGUCCUGAUCCCCUGGUGACUCACCUCCCUGUCUCGCCUGAAGGCGAGCACUCCUCCUGCAAGAACUCAGGUCUCUCCUUCUCUCAGACCUUAGUUUCUGCAGCUCGGGAGACAUCGGUGGGUUACUAGACCCAGGGGCCGCCUCAGCCUCUCUUGACCCAACCGGUAGUGGAGCAGCUGUAAGUGAUGGCCCAGCUGAAGGCAAGGAGGUCAUCUCCGCAUCUGGAGCCAGGGCAGGCUCAGGCCUCUAACUGGGCCCAGCUGGUGUUUGCUGCAGGGGAGCCUGUGCAGAAUGGGACUCUUCAGGAUCAGGCCCCUGACUUGGUUCAGAUGCCGCCUGAGGCAAAGGAUCCAGUGCGGACUGAGGCUUCUCUGGUUCCAAGUCCGAGCCCAAGUCCCAGGCCAUCACAUUCUUCUGAGCCGGAGCUUACCCCUUGCAAUGCCUGUGAACUUUCUGAGCUUAUUCCAACUGCUCUCUCCUCAUUGCCUCCCCCUCACUCAGGCAUCUCUUCCCUGUCUUCUGCUCCUCAACCUUCCCCUCCCUCUGGGGAACAUGAGACCUCUGGUUCAACCCUGACACUGUGGAAAAGGACACAUUGCCUUUUGAUGUAGGCUUCAAAAUACAAGCCAGUUUGUACCAGCUAAACAUUAGGAAGAAUUCUCUGACAGUAAGAGCCAUUCAACAGUGGAAUGGACUCCUCUAGAAAGUUGUGGACUCUGCUUAAAGAUUUUUAAGCACAUGUUGGGUGGCCUUCUGCCAGGGAUUCUUUAGCUGAGAUUCUUUAGCCAGGGAUUCUUUAGCUGGGGUUGGACUAGAUGAGCCCAAUUCUAUGAGUUCUUGGGAGUCCUUGGGCAGGAUGCCUGGAAUGAGCUCCUCAGCAUCAGCAUAUUUGGUGUCCUGUGGAUACUAGACAACCCUUUUAAAAUAUAAUUCUUUAUUAGGCAUAGCAAACCACACAUUAUCAAACAGACACCGUAUACAAAUUGUGCAAAAUACAGUGGUACCUCGGGUUAAUUUAUUCCGGAGGUCCGUUCUUAACCUGAAACUGUUCUGAACCUGAAGCACCACUUUAGCUAAUGGGGCCUCCCGCUGCUGUCACACUACCGGAGCACAAUUUCUGUUCUCAUCCUGAAGCAAAGUUCUUAACCCAAGGUAUUAUUUCUGGGUUAGCGGAGUCUGGAACCUGAAGCGUAUGUAACCUGAAGCAUAUGUAACCUGAGCUACCACUGUACAAGCUCAACAUAACAACCCUUAUUCCAAGAAGCAUUUGGAUGAGGAUGUUCUGGAGCCCCCAGAAAUUUCUAGCACUCAGGAAUAUCCCAGAACAAUGUUCAAGCAGGACCUGGGACCGUCAAAGAAGAAACGAGGAAGAGGAGGCAGAACAGCCCCUAAGCCCCUGGGAGUGAUGGGAUCUUAAGAGGCAGAAUAAGAUCAUCACAACUAGUAGAAGGGACUAAUCUGACUCAGCCUCCAGAGGGGUGGGACAUUCCUGGAAGGGAAUAUCAAAAAGGUGUCCCGUCCCCACCUUCUGCAUGCCUAGGAGUGCUUGGCUGCAGAGUAGGGCUCCUUUUGAGUAAAGGGCUAUUUAUGAGGAGGGCCUCAGCGGUGCCUGGAGAGGAGUUCUGGCAACUCUGCCUUAAAUCCUCAAGAGGAGGCAGAGAGAGCUGCUGAAAAGACGCUUCCCUUCCAACCCUGAUCUUUUCCUGCACUGCCUCCCUGUGGCCAUGCCUCUUAGCCGUGCCUUUGCCUAUGUUCUUGCCCGAACUGCUGCCUCGGUGUGGUCAGAUCUUGCAGUACAACUUGUCUGUGCCUUUGCCUCAGUUGCUUCGCAAUUGUUUUGGAUUUGUGACCAGUUUGCUCAUUUGCCUUCAGUAGCAGUAAAGCUCUGCUGGAUGAAAAAAUAAUUGCCUCUAGUCUAUUUUUGGUAAUCCUGCAACAUGUUUAAGUUGUUGCUCUGCUAACUAUGCAUUGGAAGCUACUCUGGAUCAAUAUUGAGUAGAAUUCCAUGACAAAAACACAGCAUAAAAAUACAAGAUAAGAACACAAAAUGCAUAAUAAAAACAAGAACAAAAGAAACCAAUAGCUCCUACUCCGCCACCCCCCACCCCAUUUCUCUACUACUGUAGCUCACUCAGCUCUUCCUCUGGCUCAGACAAUGGCGGUGAUGAGAGUGAGGAGUGAUUGGUGCUAAUCCAUGUCCUUGUUCAUCUUUCCCCUCCUCCCCUGCCCCAAUAGGCACUUUGAGUCAAGCAGCAGAGAAUCCGACCUAUCACGUGAAUGGGAUCCUGGGUGGAUCAGUAUUCCUUUCUUUAAAUGCACCCCCAGCUAUAAAAGUGGUCAAAAUUCAAUGGGCCUUCCACCCCACAUCUGGGUAUUCAUACCCGCUUGGUGAGUUCAGGGAUGGAAAACUGGAUCUGUCAAAUCUCAGGAGCAUGUAUGAACAACAGAUGGAAACUGGGGAUGCCGUCGCAUUGAGGAUCGAGAACUUGGCAAUGGUUGAUGAGACCACGUUGAGGAUCAAGAACCUGACAAUGGAGCAUGGUGGGAUCUAUGAAGCUCGUACCUGGAUUAACUCUGCGCUGUUCCAAGAACACCACUUCAUCCUCACUGUUUAUGGCAAGUAAUGAUUUCACCAUCUUUGUCAGUUUCUAGUGGAGCCGAGCAUAGAAUGGGAAGAUCAUGAAAUAUGAUGGGGAACCUUUUUCAGCCUGAGGGCUACAUUCUCACCUAGACAACAUUCCAGGGGCCACAUGCCAGUGGGGCACAAAAUCAGAGGAAAUAAGUGUGUGGAACAUUGAGUCUAAACGUUACUGUUCUACAAUAUGCUAGUUUCUUCACAUGUGUGCAGCCCCCAUCCUCCAUCCAGGAAGCAAGGGGCAUUAUCAAAAUUCAAUAAUACUUUUCAGCCAGACAAAAGAACUCAAGAAGGGUGUAAAUCAAGGCCAUGAGGGGAGUAUGUCUGGGAAAGAUAUGUGGCUCUGGGAUCUCUGGGAAAGGACUCUGGGAGAGAGUCCUGAGGGCCAGAUAGAGAUACUUGGGGGGACAUAUUUGGCCUCUGGGCCCAAAGGUCCCCACGCCUGCCCUACACAGUUACAGAGAGCCAUGUGGGGCACGAACUCCUAAUGUAAUGAUCUCAGGCAGGCAAGGAAGCCCCGAUAAGAAUUCAUGAGUCUCUGGCAGUUUUAUGGUACGUUUAUUUACAAUUAACAUGCUAAGCAUGGCUCUGAGCCUCCCGCUCUUUGCUACAAGUUGGUCACUCUGAGUCUCCGCCCCUAUUGCAACACGAAUGGUGCCAAAGUCCAGUCCUUCCUAGAAUCAUAGAAUCAUAGAAUCAUAGAGUUGGAAGAGACCACAAGGGCCAUCGAGUCCAACCCCCUGCCAAGCAGGAAACACCAUCAGAGCACUCCUGACAUAUGGUUGUCAAGCCUCUGCUUAAAGACCUCCAAAGAAGGAGACUCCACCACACUCCUUGGCAGCAAAUUCCACUGUCGAACAGCUCUUACUGUCAGGAAAUGUAAUUUCUCUUGUAAUUCUGUUGCAUUUUAACAUUUCCAGUUCUUCUGGUUCGGGGAGGAGGUGGGUGAACUCCCCCCCACACACACACAAUAAAACAAAGAUCCCUCUAAACGUUGCUUGCCUCCUGGUUGCAUAGCAACCCCCUCAAUGUCAUCUAUCUCCUCCCCUCUGCCUGUGAGUUCUCUGAGUUUGCCGCUCUAUCUGAGUCUGGGAAUUCUUGAUGAAGCGGUGCAGAACUAACUCACUCCUGCUCUGUCUGUGGCUGCAACCCCUCGUCUCCAGAGUCAGGCUCUGGCUCCCUCUGUACUGGCAUUCCUUCAUCUCCAGAGUCAGACUCUUGCUAGGCAUUCGAUUCAGCCACAUCCCUGACACCUAAUCACUUUCAUUUCUGUUAAAACAGAGCCAGUGCCAAGACCAUGGAUACACCAUAAAGUAGAAUCCAAGACUCCAGAAGGCUGCACUGUGACCUUACAGUGCCAAGCACCUGUAAAGGAGGAGUACACUAUCUCCUGGAAAAGAGGGAAUCCCCCCAGGGUCUUAGUAGGAGGUUUGGUUAAGCACUGGCUUUCUGACAAUGGAAGGAAUCUCCACGUCUCCUGGCGAAAAAGCUCUUCUGACUCCACAUUCACUUGUCUGGUCAGUAAUCCUGUUGAUCGAAACCGUGCCUCAUUUGACUUGCUCAGAAUUUGUGCAAGUGGGGAAGGUAAGAAAUGUAUCAUCCCUUUCAUAACCCACUGCUUCUGCUUGGAGUGGUGAAUACUCAGGCAGUCCCUCAAGACAGGGAUUGUAUAAGCAAACACUCCUCCUUCCUUGCAAGCUUUUAGCAGGUUUGGGCCAACACAGCUCUGCUUGCAGACUAUGCUUGACCCUAUGAGUUGCUGCUCCUGAGCUGAAGAGUCUCGUGCUCUACCAACUAAGCUAUCCUGCUUCUUUGAUUUCUUCUUUGAUUCCUAGGCUGUGCCCUGGGACCCACAAAAAUGAAAUCAGCAAUGAUAUCUGAAGAGCCAUGGCAUUCUUAGAGCAUCUACUCCCUGCAAUGGGACUCCCAGAAUCCCCAGCAGGACUCAGGUGCUUUGCUUGCUAUUCCUGCUGCAGUGAAGGCAAGCAAAAGCACCAUGUAAGUUUAUGUCUCCAAAUUAUAAAUGAUGGGUUUGGACCCAGGUUUAGUCAGGCUUAGAGUGGAGUCUCUGAGGACAAAUGCAUUUUGGUUUGCUUCCCAAACCCAUAAGAUAAUCGAAAUACACCUAUCCUUCAGGAUUUUUACUUCUCCAUAAUGCACCUCUCCACAUAAAAAUAGUGUUCACAUAAAUAUACAGUCAAUUGAAAAAUAACCUUCAAAAUAAGAUGUGGGAAAGCGACACUGUCACUUUAUGGAGUAAGAAUAGUCCAAUGGUAGAAAUGGUUUUAUCUCCUUUCUUUUCCUGAGUAUGUGAUCUUUUGUGCAUUAUAUCUUAUAAACACCAACAACUGGGAAACACUGGCCUGCGAGCGGUCCAGUUGGAGAACAGCCUUGACCAAAGGUGUUAUGGGCUUUGAAGACACUCAAACUAAGGACGCAAGGGAGAAACGUGCUAAGAGGAAGGCACACUUGGCAAAUCCACACCAGGAUCAGCUCCUGCCCGGAAACCAAUGUCUCCACUGUGGAAGGAUGUGUGGAUCCAGAAUUGGCCUCCACAGUCACUUAUGGACUCAUUGUGAAAACCGUGUUUAUGGAAGAUAAUCUUAUUUGGCUAUGAAUGAUUGCCAAAGAAGAAGAAAGAAAUAGCUUACCUUAUUUUAUUGUCUGCCACUUUGGCAGUCUUUGGUUUAUAAAUCUACCAAUAAAUAAUAGAAAUAAUAACAAGAGUGGAGAAUAAUAUAAAGUAGUCCAGGAGAGGCAACUUAGGGCAACAGUAAUGGAACAAGACCUUCUUCUUUCUUAUGGUAUUUACUCAAAUGUAAUGCACAUCUCGGGGGCAUGGGUGGCACUGUGGUGUAAACCACAGAGCCUAGGCUUGCUGAUCAGAAGGUCGGCAGUUCGAAUCCCCGCGACAGGGUGAGCUCCCGUUGUUCAGUCCCAGCUCCUGUUAACCUAACAGUUCAAAAGCACAUCAAAGUGCAAGUAGAUAAAUAGGUACCGCUCCAGCAGGAAGGUAAACGGUGUUUCCUGGUUCACCAGAAGCAGCUUAAUCACGCUGGCCACAUGACUCAGAAAAACUGUCUGUGGACAAACAUUGGCUCCCUUGGCCUGUAAAGUGAGAUGAAUGCCGCAACCCCAGAGUCGUCUGCAACUGGACUUAACUGCCAGGGGUCCUUUAACUUUUUAAUGCACAUCUCUUUUUUUGCCAAAUUAAGUCACAAAAAUUAGGGUGCACAUUAGAUUUGAUAGUACAUUUACAUUUGCCAGCAAAUACUAUUUGGGUUUCAAGGUUUUGAAAAUGGAGGUGUGCAAUAGUUUUGAUGGCUCAUUCAAUUUGUGUAAAUAGAGUAUUUGUUCUGCUUCUCUUAGUCACAUAGAGGAGGUCCCUUUGGUGGCUGUUACUGCAGUUCGUUCCAAGAGCCUCUUAUUGCUUGUUGCAGGUGGACAACAAAAGUACUGGGGGAUCCUGCCGCUUCCCGUCUGUGCUGUUGGAGCUUCUGCAUGCCUGAUAAUGAUAUGGAAGAAGAAAAUGUUGGGAAAGGAGAAAGGUAGAACCAUCUCUGUUAAUCUCUUAAUUACCUGGGAUUGAGGUUAACUGCCAAAUAUGUGUCUGCCUCUCCCUUGCUCCUCUUGAGAGGCAGAGGUUGGCCAGUGCCAUGAGAUGAACAGCAGGUCUCAUGUUCUGCUCUGUAGAUGCUGCUUCUGCGAUGCAAGCUCAAGAGGGCUCUCCUGCGCCCUUCCUCAGAGGAGACCCCCCCAAAGAUGGUGAUGACCUACUGAGAUGA